ACAUGAUGCUGAACGUGUCCAUGGAGUGAACACAUGCUAAAUUAUGGCAAGAGUGUGUAGGUCCUUGUUCUUGCUCUUGUUAACUUUCGUUGCCUUAAGGGGUAGCUCACAAGUCUUGUCAUAUCAUCAGAAAGAUAUACAAGAGAGAUCUCAUGAAAGUCUACAUCAAGAAGAAAAAUAUUCAAUCAAUAGAGUUAAAAGAAGAACAGAAGGAGCAGAAGGAGGAUUAGAGAGCUUCUUGGAGCAUCUUGUUAAAUUGGGUUUAAAUAAAAUAUGUCGUUUACUCAGAAUUGCUCAAAUUGAUGAUAUUUUAUUGUCAACAGGAGCAUUCACUCUCUUCGCUCCGACAGAUGAAGCUUUUGCUCUAUUACCUGGGGGUGCUUUAGAUGAAAUCGAAAGAAAUCCAGAAAAGUUAAAGGAAUUCUUAUUAUAUCAUAUCAUUCCUGGACAAGUUUCUUCUUCCCAAUUUCAAAAUGAUGUCACCAUGUCCUCUCUGCAGGGUAUGCCACUACGCUUCAAUGUUUACAUUACCGAAGGUCGUCAGACUUAUUCUGUAUCUGGAGGUCAAAUUGUAUCUUCUGAUCAUAUACAUCAAAAUAGCAUCGUACAUAAGAUCGAUAGGGUCUUAUAUCCAAUUCCGAGUACAGAUGUACUUGGUCAAACAAAGUGGGCUUAUGAUAAAUUUUAUCGACUCAUAGUUGCUGCUGGUUUAGACAGAAGGCUUUCUGAUGGAACAUAUACUGUAUUCGUUCCUAAUGAUGAUGCGUUUAAGAGUUUAUCACCUGUUGUACAAGAAGCAUUACUAAAAAAUACAACUUUAUUACAAAAUAUCCUUCUGAAUCAUAUCAUCAUCGGUAGCGUGUAUACAACGGCACUUUACGAUGGUUUAACAUUGAAAUCAUUAGGAGGAAUGCCUUUAAAAUUUAAUUUAAGGCGAGGUUUGAUAUUAGUUAAUGGAAUUCCUAUUGUGGAACCCGAUGUACCCGUCAUGAAUGGUGCAAUCCACGUCGUUAACAGAGUUUUAGCAUCCCGAGAAAUUUUGGAUGAUUGUCAUUGCUUAAGUAUUGAUUCAAGAACUCCACAAUCGAGCGAAAUACAGGAACCAUUAUAUCCUCCGGGUCCAAAAAAACCAUUUGUAACUAGUAAACCCAUUCGUACAUAUCCUACAAAAACUACACGGGAUCAUACUAGACGACCAAUACCUACUCGUCCACAAAGACCUGAUUAUGAUCAUCAAGCUUCCGUUCCAGGUGAACCAUCCCCGGGUUAUCCAUUUCAUACACCGAGAGGACCAUCGUUUCAGACACACAGAAGUGAAAUUCCUUAUGGACAAAGAAUGGUUACUAAACCCUAUCCACAAGGUUCUCGUCACCAGUUUACUACUCAUCAACCUGUUAAAGCAACUCAUCGUACUCCUGCCCCAACUAAAACUCAAACCCGUCCAUCUUGGAGACGGCCACCUCCCCAACCUCAAGCUGAACCUCCUAGUCCCCCCAGAAGGCCUCCGUCUCAACGUAGACCACCUCAACCACAGGCAGAACCUGAUACUCCAAGAAGACUACCAACUCCAUCUUAUCGACCAGAGCCAUCAAAACCAUUNGCUUUUAUAAUAUUCUUUAUAAUCCCAGGUUUGAUAUUAGUUAAUGGAAUUCCUAUUGUGGAACCCGAUGUACCCGUCAUGAAUGGUGCAAUCCACGUCGUUAACAGAGUUUUAGCAUCCCGAGAAAUUUUGGAUGAUUGUCAUUGCUUAAGUAUUGAUUCAAGAACUCCACAAUCGAGCGAAAUACAGGAACCAUUAUAUCCUCCGGGUCCAAAAAAACCAUUUGUAACUAGUAAACCCAUUCGUACAUAUCCUACGAAAACUACACGGGAUCAUACUAGACGACCAAUACCUACUCGUCCACAAAGACCUGAUUAUGAUCAUCAAGCUUCCGUUCCAGGUGAACCAUCCCCGGGUUAUCCAUUUCAUACACCGAGAGGACCAUCGUUUCAGACACACAGAAGUGAAAUUCCUUAUGGACAAAGAAUGGUUACUAAACCCUAUCCACAAGGUUCUCGUCACCAGUUUACUACUCAUCAACCUGUUAAAGCAACUCAUCGUACUCCUGCCCCAACUAAAACUCAAACCCGUCCAUCUUGGAGACGGCCACCUCCCCAACCUCAAGCUGAACCUCCUAGUCCCCCCAGAAGGCCUCCGUCUCAACGUAGACCACCUCAACCACAGGCAGAACCUGAUACUCCAAGAAGACUACCAACUCCAUCUUAUCGACCAGAGCCAUCAAAACCAUUAGAUCAAAAGCAAACUGGCAAAACACCAUAUUAUCCUGGUGGAACUUCAAGACCUGGAAAAAUUGGUAGACCCGAUAAAGACGGGUUCCAGGAAUUACCUGGAAAAUUUGGAAAGCCUGCAAUACCUGGACAUCCUGAUUUCAGAUCUGGGCAGCCGGGCUCAUUCGGAAAACCUGGACAAUUCGGAAAGCCAGGAUAUCCAGGAUUUUCAGGGGAUUCUGAUCGAUUUACAGGAAGACCUGGAUAUCCAGGAGCUGGUCAAACAGUGCCAAGUCAUGAUCGUCCUACUUCAGAUUUUCCAAUAAAGGAAGCAAAACCAACUCCAAAAUUUUCUCAACCGGGAUAUACAAGAGUACCUGAUCAAAGAACUGGAUUUCCAGAAAGACCUGGACCACAAAUUGAAAUAUUCCCAGGAGGUCAGCAAGUUACCGGAUUUCCUAGGCCUGAACAUGACGCCAGAUUUCCUAGACCUGGACAAGAUGCUGGAUUCACUAGACCUGGACAAAUUCCAUUUCCUGGAAGGCCCCAAUAUCCAGAUACAAGAUUCCCAGACAGACCCGAACAACCAAGACCAGAUACAAGAUUCCCAGACAGACCCGAACAACCAAGACCAGAUACACGAUUCCCAGACAGACACGAACAACCAAGACCAGAAAUAAAAUUUCCAGAAAGGAUAGGAUCAGAACAACAAGCAGGAAUCCCGGAAAAACCUGGAUACCAAAGACCUGAAGAUCAGCGAUCUGGCAUUCCACAAAGACCUGUACAAGAAAGACCUGAUUUUCGAAGACCAGAGACACCUGGACAACAGAGACCAGGAUUUCAAGAACCAGAAAUUAGUAGACCUGGAACUGGAUUUUCGAUAAUACCAGGUCAACAUUUGGGCCCAUCUCCACAACAGCCACAAAUUGAUUCUCAAAAAACACCUCAAACUACACCUUAUCAACCUGAACAAUCAAAACCACUAGAUCAACAACAAACACCCAAAACAAUUCCACAUUUUCCUGCUGGAACUUCACGACCUGGUACACCAAGUAUAGCCGGAAGAGAUGAUUCUCAGGGAUUUCCUGGAAAAUCAGGCGAACCUUCUACAAUUCAACAACCUGAAAUUAGACCCGAGCAACCAGGAACAUGGGGAAUCUCACCCGGUUCUAGAUUUGACCGACCAGAAACAACUUUUAGACCUGGUCAACCGGGAACAUGGGAUCGCCAGCCAGGUUUUACCCCCGGUCAACACGAUAUAACUAGGUUUCCGAGUACACCCAGCAGACCAUCACCUGUAGAUUCCUCCGUAAAAGGAAGAGAACCAACAUCCAGACCUUCACCUCAAGUUGAAAUAGUACAAACCUUAUCAAUUUUCGAUAUUCUUCAAAGACCCGAAUUAGUAUUUAAAAAUCAACCUUUCAGUUUAUCAAUAAUUUACGAAUUAUUCAGACAAGUUGGACUUUUUGAAACCUUACGACCAGGUCCCAAGAUUAUAUUUUUCCCAACUGAUGAAGCCAUAAAUUCUCUACCAGAGGGAACACUACAACAAUUAAGAGAUGAUCCUGAUUUGCUCCAUCAAAUUCUUUUAUACCAUGUCAUAACUGUGCCACCACCACCAGGUAAACCUGAUACAACAUACCCUGUAAGAACAGCUCAAGGAAUACCAAUUUUAAUCAGAUAUGGACCCCAAGGACAAAUUGUUCAGGUGGAUGGAGCAGAUGUCAUAUCUUCAACUAAAACAGAUGAUGACUACAUAAUAUAUGUAAUAACAAAAUUGUUAAGUCCAUUACCUAAACCUUCAAUCAACUCCUACUUAAAUGACAGACGAGAUAUUUAUAGAUUCUUCAGUUAUUUAGUAAAAUAUCGUCUAGAUGACAUUAUUAAAGGUCCAGAAUUGUAUACACUAUUUUUGCCAGUUGAUGAUGCCUUCCAGCAAAUUCCUCGAGAACAAUUAGAAAUAAUCUUAAACAACAAAACAUUAAUUGAACAAUUUCUUCUCAAUCACAUAGUUUCGGGAGUUUAUUAUACAACAGAUAUCAGGCCUGGAUUUGUUCUAACCGGAUUAAGAGGAAGAGAUAUUCGAUUCCAGAUUUCUCCAGAUGGAGUUAUAAAAGUUAACAAUGUAGACGUUGUUGAACCUGAUAUAGUAACCGGAAAUGGUGUCAUUCAUGUAGUAGAUGGUCUUAUUUAUAGGCCUGAAAUUGGAUUUGUACCUCAAACAGUCACAGACACCUCAAUUAUAACUGGUGACGUUCAACAACCAGUAGAACCUUCUUUUGAAACCGUUCAACAACCGGUAGAACCUUCUUUUGAAACCACAUUUGAGCCAGGUCAACUUCCGGAGACAUCUAUCAUUCAAAUACCAGGUCUGUCUGAUAGACCGUUUCCAGUACAAAGCAAACCACAAGCCAAACACGAAGUUGAUCUCACGAUAGUUGACGUCCUUCAAAGGCCAAGUUCUGUUUUUGUUAACCAACCAUUCAGCCUUAACGUAAUUUACGAACUCUUCCAGAGAGCAGGAAUCAUAAAUAUCUUAUCAAAAACAGGUCCAUUUACUGUUUUCCUCCCCAUUGACAAGUCUCUAACUGGACCGGAAUUUUACGAAAUUCGUAACAAUCCUGAACGUCUUCGUGAAGUCCUGUUGUACCAUAUUAUCACUGCAACUUUACCACCAACUGAUAGUCGUACCACUUAUAUGGUAACUACUGCUGGUGGAAAACCAGUGCUGCUCAGUUACGAUGAUCAAGGAAAUGUCGUGUUAGUGGAUGGUGUAGAAGUAAUAACAUCAGUUGUAGGCAAAAAUGGAUUAAUAUACAUAAUUUCUAAACCACUUCUUCCACUUCCUAAAGCAUCUAUAGUUGAAUAUUUCCGUAGUAGACAGGAUCUAACUCAAAUUUUGAAAUACCUCAUACAAGCUAGGAUUGAACGUACCUUCCAAGGCCCAGAUCCAUUUACAUUCUUUGUUCCAUCAGAUGAAGCUUUUAACAAGCUUCCUCAACAGGAGCUUCAAAGGAUUAUCAGCAAUAGAACUAUACUAGAACAUUUUAUUAUGAACCAUGUUGUAUCUGGCAUCCAUUACACUAAAGAAUUGAUGCCAAAUUUAAUUCUACCAACUCCACGUGGUUCCAUUCUUAGAAUUGAUCAUGAAGGAGACAGAAUAACAGUAAAUGAUGCAAACAUAAUUGAGGGUGAUAUCACGACAGGAACAGGAGUUGUUCACAUCAUUGAUAAAGUCAUAACUUCCCCUUCACAGGAAAUAAUAACUGACGAUAGAGAACCUGUACAAAGUGUAAUUGUGGUUCCUCCAAGUGGUGAUUUGAUUAGCUCCAAUGUAGUGGAAUUAGCUAAAGGAAUGGGUCUCAAUAAAUUUGUACAUUGGCUCAUCCAAACAGACUUAAUCAAAGUUGUUCAAGAUGGAAAUCGAUACACGAUCUUUGCUCCUACUGACGAAGCUAUAGAUUCUUUGCCAGGACUUGAAGCAAUUGAGAAAGAUCCAGAUCAGUUGAGAAUCAUCUUAAAAUAUCAUAUUAUACCACUUUACAUUCAGACAGGUCAGAUAGAAAACGAAAAAAGAGUAAAAACACUACUAGAGGGAAAGGAAAUCAGAUUUAAUAUUUAUCAAAAUGGACGAGUGUAUACAGCUAGCGGUGCACCUUUUGCACCCAGUAAUAAUCCUGGAAAUGUUUUGAUAGCUGUAGUAGAUAGGGUCCUCUUCCCUCCUCAAGGAGACACGUUUACCACUCUAACGAAAUUACCAAUACUUGGAGAUUUGAAGAAAGCUGUAGAAAGGGUAGCUUUAGAUGAAGAUUUAAGAGGUGAAGGACCUUUCACAUUCUUUGCUCCAAGUGAUAAAGCAUUCGAGAAUUUAUCUUUAGAAGAAAGGCAAAGACUUCUGAACAAUCCUCAAUCACUCUUAAAUCUGCUAAAACGUCAUUUAGUAAGAGGGCGUACAAUAUAUACAAGCGGUGUUUCAGAAGGAAUGACACUAAGAUCAGAAGCAGGUGAUGAUUUAACAGUAACACUCAAGCCAACUUGCAUUGCCAUCGAUGGAGUUAAUGUCGCAUUCCCAGACAUCAGCACCACCAAUGGUGUCAUCCACGUGGUCGACCACUUUUUGUAAAUGUGAAAUAUUUUGCUUUUUAAGCACGUCACACCAUCGGAAAGAAAAAAAAAAAA